GUUUUUCUCGUUGAGGGAGGCAGUCUGAGUAUCUCUGAGCCGCUUUACAUCAGGUGCAGUUCCUCUCUGUGCUGAGGUGAUGGUGAUGCUAAAGUCUCUGUAAACUGGAUGUGACGUCAGCAGCUGAACUCUUGAGUAUUUUUUGGUGUGACUGCUGAGAGCAACUCUCUCAGCAGGGGGCGCUCUGCUAUGGCUCAGUGUGGGGACAAAGAGGAGGGAGGCCGUCCCUUUAAAAUCUCUGGGUGUGAAGAAGAUGAAGCUCUGAGGACAGAGAAGCAGAGACCAGAUUCUCCUGGAGGCAGCGGCGUCUCCUUUAAGAGUGACCAGUCUAUGGGUAAACUCAUUAACUUAAAAAAGAGAGGUCCUGAUGGUGGAAGGACAGAGAAGCAGAGACCAGAUUCUCCUGGAGGCAGCGGCGUCUCCUUGAGUGACCAGUCUAUGGGUAAACCCAUCAGCUUUGAAAGGGAAGGUGCUGAUGGUGGAAGAACGAAGCAGAGACAAGAUUCUCCUGGAGGCAGUGGCGUGUCCUUUAAGAGUGACCAGUCUAUGGGUAAACCCAUCAGCUUUGAACGGGGAGGUCCUGAUGGUGGAAGAACAGAAAAGCAGAAACCAGAUUCUCCGGGAGGCAGUGGCGUUUCCUUUAAGAGUGACCAGUCUAUGGGUAAACCCAUCAGCUUUGAACAGGGAGGUCCUGAUGAUGGAAGAGAGAUUCACAGUGAUCCUUCAACCAAGCAGCAUCAAACAGACCUGGACUCCACAUUUAAGCUGCUGGAGGAGAACGUCACCACCUUCGUAAAGAAUGAGUUGAUGAGAGUCCAGAAGGUUCUGAGUCCAGAUUACCCAGCAAACUUAGAGAGCCAGAGCGACGACAAGAAGGUUUUCGAUGGAGAGGAAGAAAAGCAGAGGAGAGACAGCAGGAAUGUUUUUCUGAAGAUCAUUUUGCACUUUCUGAGGGAAAUGAAACAGGAAGAGCUGGCUGACCUUCUCCAGAGCAGAACUUAUGAUGCGAUGUGCCGGGCUAAACUGAAAUCCAACCUGAAGGAAAAGUUCCAGUGUGUGUUUGAGGGGAUCGCUAAAGCAGGAAACCCAACCCUUCUGAACCAGAUCUACACAGACCUCUACAUCACUAAGGGAGGGACUGGAGAGGUCAACGAGGAACACGAGGUCAGACAGAUCGAAACAGCAUCCAGGAAGCUAGACCAACCAGAAAUGGCGAUUCAUUGUGAAGACAUCUUUAAAGGCUCACCUGUAAGAGAUGAACCAGUCAGAACAGUCAUGACAAAGGGCGUUGCUGGCAUCGGGAAAACAGUCUUAACACAGAAGUUCACUCUGGACUGGGCUGAAGAAAGAUCCAACCAGGACAUCCAGUUCAUAUUCCCGUUCACUUUCAGAGAGCUGAACCCAAUGAACGAGAAAAAGCUCAGUCUGGUGGAGCUUGUUCAUCAAUUUUUCCCAGAAACCAAAGAAGCAGGACUCUGCAGGUUUGAGGAGUUCCAGAUUGUGUUCAUCUUUGAUGGUCUGGAUGAGUGUCGACUUCCUCUGGACUUCCACAAGAAUGUUAUCCUGACUGAUGUUACCAAGUCCACCUCAGUGGAUGUGCUGCUGACAAACCUCAUCAGGGGGAAACUGCUUCCAUCUGCUCGCCUCUGGAUAACCACACGACCUGCAGCAGCCAAUCAGAUCCCUCCUGAGUGUGUUGACAUGGUGACCGAGAUCAGAGGGUUCACUGACCCUCAGAAGGAGGAGUACUUCAGGAGGAGAUUCAGAGAUGAGGAGGAGGCCAGCAGAAUCAUCUCCCACAUCAAGACAUCCCGAAGCCUCCACAUCAUGUGCCACAUCCCGGUCUUCUGCUGGAUCACUGCUACAGUUCUGGAGGAUCUGCUGAAGACCAGAGAGGGAGGAGAGCUGCCCAAGACCCUGACUGAGAUGUACAUCCACCUCCUGGUGGUUCAGACCAAAGUGAAGAGCAUCAGGUAUGAAGGAGGAGCUGAGACUAAUCCAUUCUGGAGUCCAGAGACCAGAAAGAUUAUCCAGUCUCUGGGAAAACUGGCCUUUGAGCAGCUGCAGAAAGGGAACCUGAUCUUCUAUGAACCAGACCUGAUGGAGUGUGGCAUCGAUAUCAGAGCAGCCUCGGUGUACUCAGGAGUGUUCACGCAGGUCUUCAGAGAGGAGAGAGGACUGUACCAGGACACGGUUUUCUGCUUCAUCCAUCUGACUGUUCAGGAGUUUCUGGCUGCUCUUCACGUCCAUCAGACCUUCAUCAACUCUGGAGUCAAUCUGAUGGAAGAGGAACAAACAACCUCAAUGAUGGCUGAAGCAAGAAGCCCACAACCUGACCAGACAAGUCUCUACCAGAGUGCAGUAGACCAGGCCUUGCAGAGCCCAAAUGGAAAUCUGGACUUGUUCCUCCGCUUCCUCCUUGGUCUUUCCCUGGAGACCAAUCAGAAUCGCAUCCAGCAUCUACUCUGUCACACAGGAAGUUCACUGCCGACACAGUCUGAGAGUAACUCACAGACUAAAACAGAAACGGUCCAGUACAUCAAGACAAGAAUCAAUGAGAAUCUGUCUGCAGAGAAAAGCAUCAACCUGUUCCACUGUCUGAUUGAACUGAAUGAUCGUUCUAUCGUGGAGGAUAUCCAGUGGUCACUGAGAUAUGGAGGUCUCUCCCCUGAUGAACUGUCUCCUGCUCAGUGGUCAGCUCUGGUCUUCAUCUUACUGUCAUCAGAAAAUGAUCUGGAUGUGUUUGACCUGAAGAAAUAUUCUGCUUCAGAAGACGCUCUUUUGAAACUGCUGCCAGUGAUCAAGGCCUCCAACAAAGCUCAGCUAGGACACUGUAACCUCUCAGAGAAAAGCUGUAAAGUUUUGUCCUCAGUCUUUAGCUCUUACUCCCCUAGUCUGAGAGAGUUGGACCUGAGCAACAACGACCUGCAGGAUUCAGGAGUGAAGGAACUGUCUUAUGGACUCAGGAGUCAAAACUGCAGACUGCUAACUCUUAGGCUGCGAGGCUGUAACCUCUCAGAGAAGAGCUGUGACCCUCUGUCCUCAGUCCUGAGCUCCCAGUUCUCCAACCUGAGAGAGAUGGACCUGAGCGACAACGACUUGAUGGAUUCAGGAAUUAAGCUAUUGUCUGAUGGGCUGAAGAGUCAACACUGUUGUCUGGAAACUCUCAGCGUUUCAGGCUGCCUGAUCACAGAGGAAGGCUGUGCUUCUCUGGCCUCAGCUCUGGGCUCCUCUCAUCUGAGAGUGCUGGACCUAAGCUACAAUCAUCCAGGAGAGCGAGGGAAGAAGCUUCUGCUGGAGCGACAGAGGGAUCCACAGUGCAGACUGGAGACACUGAGGUUGGAUCAUGGUGGACCACAAAGACUGAAACCUGGUUUGAAGAAAUAUGCCUGUGAGCUGGAACUGGACACAAACACGGUCAACAGAAAGAUCAAACUGUUUAAAAACAACAAAAUGAUGGCACGUGUGGAGGAGGAGCAGCCGUAUCCUGAUCAUCCAGACAGAUUUGAUGUCCAGCCUCAGCUGCUGUGUAGAACUGGUCUGACAGGUCGCUGUUACUGGGAGGUUGAGUAUAGAGGAGGUAUGUCUGUCGCAAUGAGUUACAGAGGAAUCGGCAGGAAAGUAGAGGGUAGUGAAAGCUUUUUUGGACUGAAUGAUCAGUCCUGGAGUCUCUUCACCUUAAAGGAAGAUUUCCUUGUCUGUCACAAUGGCAAAACUUGUGGGAUUAAAUCCUUCUCCUCUGAUGUAGAUAGAGUUGCAGUGUACCUCGAUCACCCAGCUGGUAUUCUGUCCUUCUACAGCAUCUCCUCUGACACACUGACCCACAUCCACACCUUCAACACCACAUUCACUGAACCUCUCUAUCCUGGGUUUAUAGUCCACUGUCCCUCAGUGUCCCUGUGUUCUCUGUAGGUCUGAGAAACACUGCUGACUGAAGAGAUUCCAAGAGCCAGGCUGUAAACAGGUUUAUUUCUGCUUUAAAAAUUGAGUUUUUAAUUUGGGGUGUAGAUGGGAUGUUUGCUGCUUCUGCAGAUGCAGACACGCUGCUGGACACUACAGGAAACUGUGGCUUUUUGCACUUAAUCUUUGGCUUUAUUUUUUAGAAGUUGCAGCCUGGUAUUCAGCUAGCAUAGCAUGGUGUUGAUAAACCAUGCUAAUUAGAGCCCGUAGCCAUCUGUGGUGAUAAAAUGCUGGAUUCCCAGGUCUCCCAAGGAAAGGGGGGGUGGGGGGCUUCCCUGUUGUUUAUCAGUUUCUCAGCCUUAGAGAAGCCAGUGUGACAUUUCUGAUUGAAAAUAUCUCUCAAGAGACAAUCAUGCCUUAACAAUUGGUGAUCGUAACAGGGGUUAUCACGGUGCCUAUGAGUGUCUGUAAAGCAGUAAAAGAAAACAACACUGUUCCCAACACCUAUGAAGUAGCGGAUUGUAAACCACUGCACCAGCUCUUUGAUUGGCCCGUGCUUCCUCUCUCUCUCUGGACAGAAACAACAAAAACAGAUGGUGUCAUAAAUAACUAGGACCCUCUCCACAGGACUAUGACAGCAUAGAGUCAAGAUCUCAAAAAUCACCGUAAACAUAAGUUUGUUCAACAAAACAUUUCCAUAUUUGUCUGAUAUAAAAGCACAACGAAAUAUUCUCUGUUUCUAUAAUCAUUAAAAUGGCUGGGAAAUUAGAGUUUCAGUUUUCAUCACAUCUUCCCUGGACUUACACUGCCGUCACCACACGUCUCCACAUGGCUGACCCCCCUUUUUUGUGUUAAUACAUUGUCUUAAUGCUUAUACUGUAUGUGCCAGUUAGGUUGUGAUUUAUGUUUAACUGUAUAGCAUGUAAUUGAUGUGAUAUUAUUCUAGAGCUUUAUAACCAUUUAUUGAUUCCUCUUGGGGAAGGAACUCAGUCUAAGUGUUUGACAGCGGACUACCUGAGAUAUGCACUGAAGCCAGGAGAGAGUUAAACGGACUGAUUUGAUUGGUCAAGACCUUACACAAUGACAUUUUUAGAUCUUGGGUUUUUUUCAACUAUCAAAUUUGAAUAAAGCUCAUUUGAAUGUAUUUUUUAUGAUAAACUGUUUGCACCCUACAAGAAUUCCACAUCGCUGAAAAACUAUAAAACUAAAACUAAUAAAAGCUAAACUAAAAUGAAGCAUUUUUGAAAAGUCUGGUUUAAGAUGACAAAGUCUGAAAUACGUUUACGAAUCUUGAAACUUUGGUCACUUCCAGCAUUUAGUACAAGAUACCAUGUGGUGUUUUACUUUGUACAUUUUGCUUUAUUAUGGUAAAUUCCGGUUUCCGGAGUCACUUCUGCUGGCCGCUUACUUUACUUUGUGUUCCCUGAGGCAAUCACCCCUCCCCCCCGGUGCUGUGGAGAGAUCACACCUGCAGCGAGUUCUCAUCAGGAGGGACUACUUAAGAUCGGCUGCAGCUCUCCACCAGCGCCUGAGUUUUGACUACCUUCCCUAGCGUUCCUCACUCCCCGCUCACUGCAGCCAGCUCCAGCACUCUCUCCCCCCCCCGGAUUCUUGGACUCAUAUUCCCUAAUUACCCACCUGUGCAAAUAAAACUGUUUAACUGCUCCUCCGCCUCUGCAUCCUGGGUUCUGC